AAAUCCCAUCAGUCGUUUGUUAUUUAUAUUUAGUUCAUCUUUCAGAGCCACUACUUAGAAUCCAAUCCCGCGAUGGCACGUACUAAGCAAACAGCCCGUAAAUCGACCGGUGGAAAGGCGCCAAGGAAGCAGUUGGCUACCAAAGCCGCACGUAAGAGCGCACCCGCCACCGGCGGAGUGAAGAAACCCCAUCGUUAUCGUCCAGGAACAGUCGCUCUCCGUGAAAUCCGUCGUUACCAAAAGAGCACGGAACUAUUGAUCCGCAAAUUGCCGUUCCAACGUCUUGUCCGUGAAAUCGCCCAAGACUUCAAAACCGACUUGCGUUUCCAGAGCUCCGCCGUCAUGGCUUUGCAGGAAGCCAGCGAAGCCUAUUUAGUCGGUCUUUUCGAAGAUACCAAUUUAUGUGCCAUCCACGCCAAGCGUGUCACGAUUAUGCCUAAAGACAUUCAAUUGGCUCGUCGUAUUCGCGGAGAACGUGCAUAAUUUAGUGUAUUAGUUAUUUGCCUAAAACGGCCCUUUUCAGGGCCACCACAUUUUUAUGAAAGUUAUGCAUUCUGUUUAA